GGUAGAGGGAGACAGUCAACAUUGAGAGGCAGGAAGGAAAGAAGGAGGUUAAGAGACAACAACAGAGUGAGAGAAGAAAAAAGUAAGAGAAAACUAACAGCGACAGCAUUUUAAUCUGUCACUCUGCCGAGUAGGAACCUGACCGUCAAAUGUGGACCUCUCCUAAAUCAGACAGUAAGACAGCCUCUCAUUUAGUCUCUCUCACCAUGAGGCUGAAGGAUAAACUGCACGCACAGCGAAUCAAACACCACCAGAGAAGUAAACCACCAGACCUUAACUUACAAGACCACACACUGCUGUAUAAGCCUGGUUGUGUACUGCUGGACCAUCAGCGGGCAGUCAUCAGCUCCCUGCAGUACUUCAAGGCCGUGGUAGACAGACUGGGUGUGGACACACCUGGAGGGAACAAACAGGUCCUGGACCAGACAGUGGUGGGAAAUCUGGUGGGCGGUACCUCCACGGACGUGUUGGAGGCGGUCCAGACUCUGGUCCGUCUAGAGCCUCACCUGAAGACCAGCAAAACUAUCUCCACCUGUCUCACCAGUCUGUACCAGUCUCUGGCUCAGCUGAUUGGCUGGGCAGACCAGGUUCUCCUGCAGGGGUGCAUCUCCCAUGAAGAUGAGAAGGCGACGGCCGGUGUUACCACGGUGAUCAGAGCAGUGUUGGACAAGGUCAAGGAUCUGGUUCGAUUUGCCGGAGAGAGACAGGACGGUUGUGUCCCACUGUCCCCUGUCCUGUCAGAACCUGACGUGGAACAAUGGGGAGAUGUUGAUGACCAGAAGUCCUGGAGCUGCAGUAGUCCUGCAGAGGAACUCACAUCCCCCCCACCAAAACCUCAAAUGCCCUUCUUUCAGCUGCAGUUGGGUCCUGGUCCUGGACCUCCAGCCCUGCCUCCUAAAAAGCGUUCAUCCUCAGGUAAACCCCCCUGCAGGGUUGCCAUCGUUGCACCAAUGAGACGAGAACCUGAAGCUAACACACAGACACAGGAGUGUGACGACGACCCUCUGAAACGACGUUCUUCUUGCACAGACUCAUCUGCUGAAGUCAUACACUGUGACUCAGAGGUGAUUCAGGAGGCAGACCCAGACUACCAGUUCCUCCAUACGGACCUCUCCUGCUUUGACGCUCUCCCCCCGAUUCUUUUGCCGUUGACAAUCCCUCCUGCGCUGCCUGAGAAAAAAAGAUGCAACACAGCGGACACGACCAACUCUCAGACCACAAAUUAUUUCGAGUCUGACCUCACAACCCAAGAACUCAAAGAGUGUACAGAUCCCGAUGACACUGUAACGUCCCCCCUGUCCCCUGUGAAGUCCCCGCCCCCCCUUCCUGAGAAGAAACGACACAUCCACCAGUACCUGAAGAUCUGCUCGUCGUACAGCGCUCAGUCCACAGCCAUGUUCUACCAGACCCCGCAGACCUUCGGUCUCAGUCACAGCCCCAAAGAGCUGCUGGUGGAGACCAGUAACCAGCUGAUGCAGACACACCUGGAGACCGAGCCGCUGCCCGACUCAGACUCCAACACCCCUCCUGGUUUGUCCUUUGCUCCAGCUCUACCACCAAAGAAGAAACAGCAGGAUCAUCACGAUCCACCCCAAGACAAGAACCAGGAAGAGGGAGGCAGAAACAGUCUGCAGGAGGAAAAAUGUGACCAGUGGAGCAAAGACAAGCAGGAUGACUUGUUACUGACCGACCACCAGGAGAUUUUUAACAGAAUCACCAUGAAGACAAAGGAAGAAGAAGGACCAGAUGUAAAGGCUGCCUCCUCUGAGGUCCUGUUGGUUUACGCAACAGAGACUGACAGCAGCACUGAAAUUGACCUUUAUUGUGAAGCCUUCCUCGCGACCUUCAGGACCUUCAUCAGCCCAUUGGAUGUCAUCAGCAAACUACAGCACAGAUAUCGACAUUUCUGCAGUGGACACGGAGCUAAGGAGAUAAACGCUGCCAAAAACACGUUCCAGCUGCUGGUCAGAGUGGUGGACGAACUGAGUGUGAUGGAGCUGGAGGCAGACCUACUGCAGUCGUUGACCGACAUGGUGUUCAAACAUCUGACGGAUGGAGAGCUGGGACUGGCUCACCUUCUGCGCUCCACUGUCCUGUCAAAACUGGAACUAAAAUGGCACUGUUGUUCCACUUUGUCUACUUGCCCUCUUGCAGCCAGGGGUGUUACCGCCAGACCAAAAACUCUGCUGGACUUUCGGAGUCAGGAUCUCGCUGAACAGUUGACUCUGAUGGACUCUCAGUUGUUCUACAAGAUUGAGCGUCCAGAGGUGUUGAUGUGGUCUAAGGAGCAGAACGAAGAGAAGAGUCCAAACCUGACCGAGUUCACCCAACAUUUCAACAACGUGUCCUUCUGGGUGCGUUCGGUCAUCAUCCUUCAGGAAAAACCUCAGGACCGGGAGAAAUUAAUGCUUAAGUUCUUGAAGAUCAUGAAGCACCUGAGGAAGCUGAACAACUUUAACUCGUAUCUAGCCAUCCUGUCGGCCCUGGACUCUGCACCGUUACGGCGUCUGGACUGGCAGAGAAGCACAGCUGAGUCUCUAGAAGAACUCAGCUCUUUGAUUGACAGCUCCUCCUCCUUUAGAGCGUACAGAGCAGCUCUGGCUGAGGUGGAACCUCCCUGUAUACCUUACCUGGGUUUGAUCCUGCAGGAUUUGACCUUUGUUCACCUGGGCAAUCCUGACACGUUGAUGACAUCGCAGGGAAAAAAAGUAAACUUUUCGAAACGGUGGCAACAGUUCAACAUCCUGUGCACUUUAAAAAAUUACCAGCAAGCUCCGUACUCUCUGCAGCCCAGUAACGACAUCAUUUUGUUCUUUAACGGCUUCAGCGAUCACUUGGCAGAGGAGGCGUUGUGGGAAAUGUCUCUCAGGCUCAAACCACGGAACACCCCCAAAAUCAUCCAGAGAUAACUGACAAAAUACGAACUGGAAAAAUGUGAAAUAAUGUGUUGUAUUCAAACGGAGCUGGUACUUCACGGUCAAAGACAGAAAUACUUCAGUUUACAAAGAAUUCGACAAAGGUACACUGGACUAACGUUCCACAAUAGCAGCAAGUUAGGAUGGAGCUCCCGGGUCUUCAGGGUGGUUCUGGAACAUAUUUGUACUAAUGUGCAGUACAGGUGGACGAUGUAUAUGUGUAUGAUGUAUAUCUAUGUGUGUGUGUUUAUAUUUUAUUCAAGUUGCUAAUCGCGCUGAUAUGCUGCGGUUUGUCGCUUUAAGAACGGCAAUCUGCCAUCCGUCCAAUCAUAUUUCAGCAUUCAUCCUGUUAAAAUGUUACAGCCAAUCCCAAGUGAGGACGGAUGAAAGACAGCCUCUGUGGCAGUGUUAAUCACUCUCAAUGUAACGGGUGAGUUUGUUUGUUUUUGUUUGUUUUGUUUUUUACCACAAAAAAAAAUCCUUGAAUUCUAAUAAAAUGCAACCAAACAUUUA